AGUCUGUCAACACCAAGCAUUGCACGAACAGGCGCAUUUCACGAGUUUACCAUCACAUCCAUCCAAAGAUAACAAAACAUAUUUUGGCACUCUUGGCCACAAACUAAGGACCGACGCGGCAAGGUGAACUCAAAAUAGAACAUAUUAAACCCACUCCUCCAUCAUGAGACCCACCCUCCGCCUCCUGGCAUCCGCAAUGCCCUCGACAAAUGCCAUGUCACCUGGUCCCAUGGCUCUUUUACCACCAAUCUAUCUCUACCGACGUCUAUUUCGGGCACACAGGCGGCAUCUCCCCUCGGAAAUGCGGUUGUUGGGCGACGAGUAUAUCAAGGCUGAGUUCAGGGCACAUCGGGAUGUUGAGAACCCGGUCCAUCUGAUUGGAUUCCUCACGGAGUGGCAGCUGUAUGCACAGAAGAUUGAAGGCGACGCGUGGGCUGGGGAGAAGCUUGACCAAGGGAAGAUCUCAAAGAUGAGUGAUGAGCAACUUGGGCAAUUGUACGAGCUGAUGAGGGCGAUACAGAAGCGCGGCACAGAAGGUCAAGGGUCAGAUUCAUGAUGAGGUGUUGGUGUGCGCAGACUUGCUUUCAAUGGAAUCCGUUGAGCCACCGCGAAGGGAGCCCAGCCCCAAACACCAAGAGCCGGUUCUAUACCUCAAUCUACAAAUUAUCAU